AUGGCUACAGACGAAGAUUCCAAGGAGAAGACGGCGGAAGAGAAGGAUAAGGAGUCGAUGCCAGCCCCUGACCUUCCCACGGAAACGAAGAGCAAGCCCCCACCAAAGCCAAAGAUAUUUACAGUCGUCCUCCAUCCUACGGCCCAAAGCUUACAAACCGACCUCCUAAUAAAAGCAUCCACCCCUCGCUCCUCCUUGGAUGUAAAAGACGGCGCCCCCCUCUACUCCUCUCACCGCUGUGCCUCCUCCCAUUCCCGCGGCGAGCAUGCCGCCGCCUGCCAAAAGCAGAAGCGGGAACGCAUGGAGCUGGACGGAAGUAACAUCUAUGCUGUGGAGGGAGAAUACUUGGUUAACACAAUGGCGCCGUUGAUGCUUGAGCCAGCGAGGAAUGCGGAAGAGGUCAUGGCACUUCUUGAUGCUAAGGCGCACCCGAUGCACUCCGACCCGCCUCCUCAACCCAAGACGAGGAAGCGAACGGUUGCCGAGAUGGCUGCCGAUCAGGCUCUCAUUGCGGACCAGGAACGGUACAUGCUUCUGCUCGACGAGAGACUUUCGUCAACCGCAAGCGGCAACCAGGGCGCUACUGGUGGUACGGAUGGCGAUAUCCGCGCCGGCGCCGCGUUCGAACCUAGGUUCGAGCGGUUCCAGGUCAUCGCUGACAUCAAGAGAGAGCAUGCGGAGAAGAAGGAGCAAGAGAGGAUCAAGCAGGCGGAAAAUCAAAGACGGGUGGAGUUGCAACGUCAACAACAACAACUACAAGAACAGCAACGGCAAAUGGAGGCCGAGAAGCAACGCAAGGAGGCGCAGAUGCGCGAGAACAUGGCGCGACAGCAACAGCAAGAAGCGCAAAGGAAGGCGUUGGCUGCGCAAGCUCAGGCAACGAAGCAGGCCGCGGCCGCGGCCGCGAAGCAGCAACAGCAGCAGCAGCAACAAGCAAAGAAUCUGGCGGCGCAACAAGCGCAGCAAAACGCCAACGCCGCCGCUGCUGCCCAAGCUACGGCUGCGAAGGCUGCUGCGGCGAAGUCGACCCAGGCCAACAAACCCCCGCCCGUCAACGCCGCCGCUGCCAAUGCGGCGGCGAACAACGCGCACGCAAACGCCAUGCAACAGGCGCAGGCCACACCCCGGUUCCACCAACAAGUUGGACAACAACAGCCACAGGUGUCCUCUCCCGUGGUGCGCCAAGGGACACCGCACUCGAUGUCGUCGCCCAUGCCAGGAGCUGUGCAGAUGCAGCAGCAGGGCUCCAACAUGGCGGGCAGCCCUCCCAGGCCUCCUUCUGUCGUGCAGAACCAUACGCCCAUGGCAGUGCCCAUGUCCCGCGGCAUGUCUGCGCGUAACAGCCAGCAGAGCCACGCUGCCGGAACGCCCCGCAUGCCUAGUAGUACCCCAAAUAUGCCGAACGCAACCCCCAUCAACCGGCACUCUGUUAUCCAGACUCCCAGGAUGUCUCAGGCCAGUCCUCCUCCUUCUAUGAUGGCGCAGGCUUCCCAGCAGCAGAUGGGCACGCCAACCAUGAUGACUGCCCAAGGCGUCUCCCAGCAAAUGCACCAGCAGAACGUCAUCGCGGCGCAGCUGGCUGCUCAACAGAGGCGCAUGCUAGUGCAGCAGCAGCAGCAACAACAGCAACAACAGAUGAUGCAAAAUGGAGGCAUGGCGGGUGUCAACCUCAACGUCAACGGACAAGCUCUCACGCCCCAGCAGCAGCAGAUGAUCCAACAGCAACGCCUCCAGCAGCUCUUGCUCCAGCAGCAGCAGCGGAACGGCAUGGUCAACCCUCAGCAGCAGCUCGCGCAGCAGUACGCACAGUCGAUGAACCAGAUGCAAGGCCAACUAACACCGCAAAUGCAAGCGCAGCUCCAGGCACAAAUGACGCGGAUGAACCAAAUGAACCAGAUGCAAGGUCAGCUCACACCGCAAAUGCAGGCGCAGCUCCAAGCACAGAUGGCGCAGAUGAAUCAAAUGAACCAGAUGGGCCAGAUGCCCCAGAUGAACCAAAUGGGCCAAGUCAACCAAGCAGCCAACCAGAUGGGCGCGCAGAUGGGACGGCCCAUGAUGCCGAACCAGAACAUGAUGAACGGCAACGCGGUCAACAUGCAGGCAGCCAUGCUCCAGAUGCAGCAGCAACAAGCACAGGCGGCGCAGCAGAACCAGACCAACCAGCUCAACGAGCAGAUCCGGGCGCGCGGGCAGCUCCUCUACAGGAACAACAUCACCAACCUGGCGGCCAAGUUUGGCGGCUCGGUCGAGAGCAUCCCCGGGGAGACGCUGGAAAACUUCAAGAAGACGUGCAUGCAGCAGGCCCGCUCCCAAGUUGCCCAGCAGGUACAGCAACAACGGGUGCAGCAGGCGAUGAUGCACCAGGCACAGGCUCAGGCGCAGCAACAGAUGGCGAUGCAGCAGGGGAUGAUGGGCGGCCACCAGGGCAUGUGA